AAUCCUCUCUUAUCCUUCUUCAUUCUUAAAUUAUGGCAAUGGCGAGCACUUGCAACAAGUCUUUCUGCAGCAACUAUAUGCUGCUAAAACCAGAGGAAUGUAGUGUAUUAGACUUGGCACGUAUCUUGUUUUCCAGUAAAAUACUGGGACAAAAAAAUUUUGUAGACCGUCCUGAUCAAGAAAUGACUAAGGUGUCAUUUCCACAAAGAUGGAUAAUUUUUAUUUCCAUCCUAGUCCAAAAGAUUUUACAGUCUACUGCUAAUCCUUUGGCAGGUUUUGGCAAUGCUAUUGAGCACUGGCUUAACCUUUUAAACGUUAACGGCGGCUUCUUCCGUCUUGUUUUCAACGCCUUAAGCGGUAAAGUUGUAGAGCCGGAUAAGGAAUCAGCGACUUUCUUGUCUUUUAUUGGAAAUAUGGAUAAAAGGGUUGAGCUAGAUAAUAAGAGUGUUGAACUUGGACGUAGAAGAUACCAUGAGGCAAUAAGUAUGAUGGCUGCCAAAGCAGCUUACGAGAACAAAGCAUAUAUUGAAACUACGGUCAAAGAUCACUGGAAGAUGGAUCUCUUGGGCUCCUUUGACUUCUGGAAUGAUUAUCAAGGAAAAGCUACAACACAAGCAUUCGUGCUUCAAGAUAAAAAGGUCGACCCCGAGCUUAUUGUUGUGGCAUUUAGAGGAACAGAAUUCUUCAAUUCCGAUGAUUGGAUCUCAGACUUUGACCUCUCUUGGUAUGAGAUUCCUGGUAUGGGCAAAAUUCAUGCGGGAUUUUUGAAAGCUCUUGGGUUACAGAAGAACCUCGGAUGGCCCAAAGAUAUUGUACAAACAGAUAAUAACCAGCCAUCUCCAGCCUACUAUUACUUAAGAAAAUUGCUCAAGCAACUUCUACAGAAGAAUGAAAAGGCAAAGUUUGUGGUCACUGGUCACAGUUUGGGUGGAGCACUUGCAAUUCUAUUUCCUGCAAUAUUGGCAUUUCAUAAGGAAUCUUUGCUGUUGAAAAGAUUAGAGGGCGUUUACACAUUUGGCCAACCAAGAGUUGGAGAUGCAAAUUUCGGUGAAUAUAUGAAGGAGCAAUUAGCAAAAUAUGACGUUCCAUACUAUAGGGUUGUCUACAGCAAUGACAUGGUACCAAGAUUGCCAUAUGAUAAUUCCACCUUCAUGUUCAAGCACUUUGGAACUUGCUUAUACUAUAAUAGCCUCUACAAAGAAAAAAUUUUAAGUGAAGAACCAGACAAGAAUGGGUUCUCUGUGUUACUGAUUAUACCAAAGAUGUUAAAUGCGGUAUGGGAGCUGAUCAGAAGCUUUAUUCUUCCUCUGCCGUGUUUAGCCGGACGGAACUAUAAGGAAGGUGGGCUUCUUCUUCUCACGAGGGUGGUAGGCUUGUUACUCCCCGGCGUACCAGCACAUUGUCCUCAGGAUUAUGUCAAUUCCACGAGGCUGGGAUCACCUGUACAUGAGCAGCUUUAUGCUAAUGGUGAUGGACCAAAGUAUCAAAAGAUUGGCAUUAUCACAUCUUAAGAAUCUAGUCCGUAUGUGAUUUUUUUUUCUUAUUAAUUUUUUUCCUUGCACCAAUUUGGAUCAUAAGGUAUGUGUUUAGAAUCUGAGCCCUAAUUUGAAAUUUAUGGGUUUGAGAUUCUAGUCCGUUUAAGUCACUGUUCAAAAUUAAUAAUUUGUAUAUUGAAUACUUAAGACAAAUAUAGGGUAUGGAUUAAAGCUAUUGGGUUCGUUCGAAUCUGUAUCCUCAUGCAUGUGUCUGCAGUGCAGUGCUUAUGUAACGCCCGAUAAAUAAUACUCCUAUUGUUGCUA